UGUAAUAAAACUUGUAUAAGUUUUGCGGCAAGUAAGAAGUGGUUUGGUGGUUAUAAACUUAUUUUUUAAUAUGCAAAAUUAAAUUGUUAAAUAUACUAUAUUUUGAUAUCUACUGUUUAAACUUUAUUUAAUAUAUUGAAUUCGAAUAAGCUACCAAGCAAGUUUAAGGGUUUUCUUGUUAUCAGGCGGCGACUUUACGACAUUUAAACAAAAAUCAUUACCAUAAAUAAAACAUUCAAUUGAUAAAAGUUGAAAGAAAUGCUAAUAAGAAUUUUCUUAUAUGAAAAAAUAGAAAAAUAUUAAUAUGAAAGACUCGCUGAUGAUUUCUUUUUUACAUUUGAGAUUGAUUCAUUCAAGUACUAUUUUAAAACAUAAAGCAGAUAUUAAACUUAAAUUUCAAUCACGUGAAUUAUUUUGCUCUAUGUGUGUUUAUGAAUUAGGUUGGCAUUAAAUAGGUGCACACAAUGUUAUCACGAUCAUUUCAUUUUUUUAUAACUAAGAGAGUUUCUUAUCGUUUUAAUAGCACGAUGAUGGGUUCUCAAAUAAAAUUCCAACCGAAAUUAACCCAAAGUGAUCCAUAUUAUAAGCCAGUUUUAAUAAUCGGUCAACUACGUAAUUUGAAUUUAAUUCAAUUUUCUCAUGUUGAAUGUAAAUUAAGUCCUCGUGUAACUGAAGAUUGUUUUAAAUUAGCUGUAAGUAGUUUACAUCCUUCACCAGCAACAGAUACAUGUUCCUUGUAUUUGGAUUGUGCAACGAUAGCUGCUUUGCCAUUAAAAAAUUCCCGUCAUAAUACAAAUAGUCGAGCACACGCAAUAACACGUGUUGUUAAAAGUAAAACUCUUGGUAUAAAUGAAAGUAUAGUUGUAGUUUGUGAACGUCAAGAUGUUUUUGCUUCUGGAUGUGCAAUUGCUAGAGCAUUUCCAUUAUUUUCAAGAAAAACUAAUGCAAGUAGCGGAAACAGCGGAGCUGGGAACGGUAACAACAAUAGUAACAACAACACCAAUAAUAUUAUAAAUGUGAAUAAUUGUAAUAAUAGCGAAGAAACAAUAGUUGAUAGCAAUAUGGGAGAUAAUUGUAAUACGGCUGGUUCCCAAAAAAUUGAUGUUGAAUUUAUUGUAAUUGAAAAAAAUGGCGAAAUAAAAACUGAAUCUUUAUCCGAAGAUGAUAUUGAUUGUUUAGAAAGAGCGGCAUAUGGAAUACGUUUAGCUGCACGAAUUGUUGAUACACCAUGCAAUGAAAUGAAUGUAAGUCACUUUAUAGAAGAAAUAAAAAAUGUUGCGAAUGUUUUAUCAUUGACUCCGACAAUAAUACGUGACGAAGAAUUAUUACAUCGAGGUUUUGGUGGUAUAUAUGGUGUUGGCAAAGCAUCAAAUGUUCCACCAGCUUUAGUUAUAUUAUCACAUGAACCAGAAGGUGCUACAGAAACUAUUGCAUUAGUUGGCAAAGGUAUUGUAUAUGAUACAGGUGGUUUAAGUAUUAAAGGAAAAACAAACAUGCCUGGAAUGAAAAGAGACUGUGGAGGUGCUGCUGCUAUUCUUGGUGCAUUUUAUGGUGCAGUUAAAGGAGGAUUUCAACAAAAUUUGCAUGCUGUAUUUUGUUUAGCCGAAAAUUCAGUUGGACCAAAUGCAACAAGACCUGAUGAUAUUCAUACAUUAUAUUCAGGACGUACAGUUGAAAUAAAUAAUACUGAUGCUGAAGGACGUCUUGUAUUAGCAGAUGGCGUGGCAUAUGCACAAAAAGACUUAAAAGCCAAUAUCAUUCUUGAUAUGGCAACGCUAACUGGAGCACAAGCAAUAGCAACUGGAAAGUAUCAUGCUGCAAUUUUAACAAAUAAUGAAGAGUGGGAGAUUAAAGCACUCGAUGCCGGACGUAAAUCUGGAGACCUUUUAGCACCGAUAGUUUACUGCCCAGAAUUGCAUUUCUCAGAAUUUGCAUCAGCUGUAGCAGAUAUGAAAAAUUCUGUUGCUGAUCGUAGUAAUGCUCAGUCUUCAUGUGCUGGACUUUUUAUAGCUGCACAUAUAGGUUUUGAUUUUCCUGGUGUUUGGAUACAUAUUGAUAUGGCGACACCUGUUCAUUGCGGAGAACGUGCUACUGGAUAUGGUGUUGCUCUGUUACUAUCUCUAUUUGGGAAUUAUACCAAUUGCUCAAUGUUACAAUCCAUUGCUCCAAAUGAAAAUGAACCACCGGCAAAACGUUGUAAGGAUUGAUAAAAAUAAAAGUAUAGACUACUUUAAGUCGCUAAUAACUUGCUUACACCAAUAUUACAUUUAUGUUAUACAUAUAAGCCUAUAUAUUUGAAGCCAUGUACUGUAAUUAAUAUGAAUUUGUUUUUAAUAAUAACAUAUAAAUGCUGAAAAUACCAAGUUAACAAAUUAUUUAAAAAUUUCGAAUAAAAUUUUCUUUUUAUGGUUUGUGCCAAAGGAAGCUCAUAUACAUAUAUAUACCAAAAUUGAAAAAUUUUUACAAGAUAUACCAAAUAAUUAAAGAAAUUUAUGAAAUAAAUAUGGGUAAAGUGGUACAAUAACAUAAAAGUUAUUCAAUAAUAUAGACAAAAAAAUAUACAAUCAAAAAAAGAAAAUAAUUUACAAUAACAAUUGUUUAUCAGAUUUUUAUAUAAAUAUUUUUGUAAUAAAUACUGUAAAACAUCAAAAAUAUUAUAAUAUGAGAAAUUAAUAAAUGUUUGAAGAUAUUAAAUACAAUAAUACUAAAAAGAAUGUCUUAUGCAAUAAAACUGCUUUGUAAUUAUUACUUUUUAAAA